GGCUAAAGUGACGGGUCAUAUUUGUCUCCGGAGCCAUUAAGUCCGACGCCGGAUUCAAUCCAAAGCCGUAGACCGAUUCUGAGCGAUCUCCAAUGGCGGAAGAAGACAGUUCCGUUAAAGAGGGUUACGCUGAGAUCGUUGUUGUACGUCAUGGAGAAACAUCUUGGAAUGCCGAGAGAAAGAUCCAGGGUCAUUUGGAUGUUGAACUAAACGAUGCAGGAAGACAACAAGCAGAAAAAGUUGCUGAGCGGUUAUCAAAGGAGCCUAAGGUAUCUUAUGUUUACUCUUCUGACUUGAAGAGAGCCUUUGAGACUGCUCAGAUCAUUGCAGCUAAAUGCGGCAAGGUUGAGGUACUUACUGAUCCUGAUUUGCGGGAGAGACAUUUAGGAGAUAUGCAAGGUCUUGUGUACCAAGAAGCUUCCAAACUUCGCCCUGAAGCUUACAAGGCCUUCUCAUCUAACCGCACAGACGUUGACAUUCCAGGUGGAGGAGAAAGUCUUGACAAACUCUACGACAGAUGUACAUCUGCAUUACAGAGAAUCGGCGACAAACAUCAAGGUGAAAGAGUGGUGGUAGUGACUCAUGGAGGUGUCAUUCGAUCUCUCUACGAGAGAGGUCGUCCAAGUGCACGAAAAGUUGAAAAGAUUCUCAACACAUCGGUCAAUGUGUUCCGUUUAUUCGACGGAGACAAAUGGACAAUCCAAGUUUGGGGAGAUGUGUCUCAUUUGGACCAAACCGGUUUCUUGCAAUCCGGUUUUGGUGGUGACAGAACCUCUGGUUAAGAUUCAGUGACUCUUUCCACUGAGGUUUUCUGUAAUUUAAAUUUGACUCUGUUACUUUCUUCUUUUGCAAUUUGACCUCAUAACUUUGAGGCUAUCCCGAUUUAGCCUGUAAUUGGGAGGAUUAAUAAAGUAACUGCUAUAAA